AUGGAUAUACACACAACUUUAGACUUGGCAGUGGACGAUGAGCAGCUGAACCAUCAUCAAAUCAGAACGCUCGUCCUUGUAGAGCGUAUCGGUGGCACUCUCAGCUUGGUUUCAGUUAUGCUCAUUUUCCUUGCUUACUGGCUUGUGCGGCGCGUACGCAAUGUGCAGAACACAUUCAUUGUCUUUGCCAGUGUGUCAAAUAUCGGGGCCAGCAUUGGAACCAUAAUCGCCUACGACGGCAUGAAGGCUGGACAAGCAUCGGCUUUAUGCCAGGCUCAGAGCUUCAUGUUUGAGAUGUUCAUGCAGUCUGAUCCCUGGUGGUCUUUGGCCAUGGCUGUCAACGUCUUUCUCGUCUUCUAUUUCCACACAAACCCUGAUUCUUUCCGCAAACGCUGGUGGAUCUACUGCUUGAUCUGUUAUGGAGGCCCUUUUGUCAUUGCCCUUACUCUCCUCCUCCUCAGAAGCCCACGUGGGCUCGUGUACGGUGGAGCUACGAUCUGGUGUUGGGUCGACCGCGAAUGGGACUUUAUUCGGAUUUACACAUACUACAUGUUGAUUUGGAUAUGUAUCGUCGGUUCGAUACUCUGCUACUUCUUGGUCGGAUGGCACGUUUUCCGCAUGAGAAACCGCCUGCGCAGCUUUUCCACAUCGAGAAAUCGAGAUAAAGACAAGGAAGCGGAUGCUGGUCAGGCGGAAAAUGGCAUUUACGGCACCGUUACUACCGAAGUUCAAGUGACGCAUACUCCUGCCAACCUUAUGCCUACCGAGCCCCAACCUACUCGUGUCCACCGAAAUACUGCUCGUGUUGCCUUUGACAACUCAGAGCCUGAAAUUUUGCCCGCCGUCGAUAACCAGUUUUAUUCUGCUGUCACAACCUCUGCGCCACAAGAAAUUGCCCCUCGACCUUCAUUGUUUCGCCGCUUGAUUUCGGCUGCCCAAGAUAUUGGUAGCAAGUUUCAUAUCAGCGAUCCUAUCAAGAGAGCAUAUCUGCGAACAAGUUUCUUAUUUGCGAUAAGCGUGCUAGUAACAUGGAUACCUAGCAGUCUGAAUCGUAUUCACGGCUGGCUUGAUGGAGGAUCGCCAUAUGAAUUCCAUGUCGCAACGGCGGCAGUCUUACCGCUACAAGGAUUGUGGAACGGGAUCAUUUUCUUCGUCACCAGCUGGCACGGGUUAAAGGCAUGGGCUUUGGAGACACUCAAUACCAACACUCCAGUCACUGAGCGCAAGAAAAUAGAUGAUCUUGCAAUGAAUGAGCGAAUUACUGGUCCACAAGGACGAUGCGACUCCUCUCUUGACGAUGAUGAUUCCGAGACUAUGAGAAGCGAUGUCGAGCUAAGGCGGGUAGCUAAUUCGGAAGCCAAGUCGACAAAUGGUUUAUAA